AUGGAGAAUAUGCAGGAUCAUGCUAGAAGCUUAGGAGAGUCAUGCCUUUCUCUCGCCAAAGGACAUUCGAAGACGCAUUUCGCUUGCCAUGAAAUUCAUCAUUCGACUACUCUCCUAUUCCUCCUUCCUGAUCCUGAUCCUCCUCUCCGUCUCCUUCCCCUUCUUUUCAAUCUCCUCUUUUUCCUCUCAUAUCAAAAGCAUUUUCCCACGAAGAGCUUCUCUGCCUCGAUGCCAUCCGAUGUAGGCAUGUCUGUCAGUCUCUCGGAUGUCAUUCAUUCGUCCGGUCAGCGCGCGCGCCCAUACACACACCCACAGACAGACAGACAACCAUGUAAUAGCAGUAAAGAAAAAAAAGUUAAUCCGGAGAGGAAUGUUAUCAUUCGGCUUGUCUUUGAUGGUCCACGAGCGCUUGAAAGGAUUCCCUUCCUGACGAACCUGUACGGCAUCCCUUUGAAGAGAGGUGCAAGUGUGCACUGGGCAUCAACUGACAAAGGCAUGAAGACACACGGUCGGAUACUCAUGCACCCCCCCCCAUCAUCUGCCUAG